GUGUUUAAAAGUGCGAUAAAGUAAUGCUCUAGUGAGGCAAUGUCGCUGGAAUUCACCGUCAAUGCUUUUUUGUUGAUAUAUUUAAUUAUAAUAUUUUUUUUAAGGUGAAACAAGCAAACUCACCUUACAAUUGAUUUUCCACAACCUCCUAUUGUGCCCCCAAACGUCUCCUGGCACGAAACAGAAACAACAGAUAAUUUGUUAGCGAGCCCAGUCUUAAACUCAAAAGAGUAACAUUUCCACUACCUUAGAUGUGGAUCCAGUGCGGGAGGACGCUGAGGAAACGACAGCUGGCUCGUUGUUAUUAUCCCCAAGGAGGAUGAAGAAAAGAGCGGAGUUGCGCAAUCCUGCCUUUGCCUUACAUCAAUUUACGUGGCACCGCCUCCGCUCGAACCCAAUUGGACGCUCUCAGCCGAGCUCCGCCCUCCGAUUGGCUCUCCCCGACAUCGCUCGACGUGCCCGCCGGGCUUCCUGGUUGUAGCUGUCAAGCGCUCACUCAAGCUACGGUCUGGAUAGCUACCGAUGCCCCCAGUCGCCGACCUGCAUCGCCCCGAGCGACUUUUAUCCAGCCACGAAGCACCAAGUCCUGGCCGAUGGCGUUCAGGAGGGCUCUGAAACGGACGGCCCUUGUAGGCGGUGGGGCGGUUGCCACGGCGUUUGGCCUGUCACAGCUGAUCGAGUACAGAAAGACACAGCGUGGAUUGGCUCGGUUGGCCCAAGUGGCGGCAGAAGCAGAGCUGAAGGUUCCCUUCAUCGAUGAGCUCCCCUCUCGGCAGGCGCAGCUCGCAGCGCUGACAAACACAGAGGAGUUCGACGUUCUGGUUGUCGGAGGAGGGGCCACGGGGGCAGGAUGUGCCUUAGACGCUGUCACACGCAACCUUAAGACUGCUCUCGUUGAGAGAAGCGACUUCUCUUCUGGAACGAGCAGCCGAAGCACCAAGCUCAUCCACGGUGGAGUCCGCUAUCUGCAGAAGGCCAUCAUGAAGCUGGACUACGAGCAGUACAUGAUGGUGAAAGAGGCCCUCCAUGAGCGAGCCAACCUGCUGGAGAUUGCACCUCACCUGUCUGCGCCGUUACCCAUCAUGCUUCCUGUUUACAAAUGGUGGCAGUUGCCUUACUACUGGGCAGGGAUCAAGAUGUACGACUUGGUGGCGGGGAUCCAGUGCCUGAAGAGCAGCUACGUCCUCAGCAAGACGAAGGCCUUGGAGCUCUUCCCCAUGCUGAAGAAGGACAAGUUGGUGGGGGCCAUCGUGUACUACGACGGUCAGCACAAUGAUGCCCGUAUGAACCUGGCCAUCGCCCUCAGUGCCGCCCGCUACGGCGCCGCCAUCGCAAACUACACCGAGGUGAUUCACUUGCUGAAGAAAAAGGACCCACAGAGCGGCAGAGAGAAGGUGUGCGGUGCCCGCUGCAGGGACGUCAUCACAGGGCAGGAAUUUGACGUGAGGGCCAAGUGUGUGAUCAACGCCACCGGACCGUUCACAGACGCUCUGAGGAAGAUGGACAACCAGGAGGCCUCGAACAUCUGCCAGCCCAGUGCUGGAGUUCACAUCGUCAUCCCCGGAUACUACAGUCCUGACAACAUGGGUCUCCUCGAUCCAGCCACCAGCGAUGGUCGUGUCAUCUUCUUCCUGCCGUGGGAGAACAUGACCAUCGCCGGAACAACCGACACCCCCACUAGUGUGACAGCCCACCCAAUCCCAGGGGAGGACGACAUCAACUUCAUCCUGAGGGAGGUCCGCAAUUAUCUCAGCCCUGAUGUAGAAGUGCGUCGAGGAGACGUGUUGGCAGCGUGGAGCGGCAUACGUCCCCUAGUGACGGACCCCAGCUCCAAAGACACCCAGUCCAUCUGCAGGAACCACAUCGUCAGCAUCAGUGACAGCGGACUGGUCACAAUCGCUGGUGGGAAAUGGACCACCUACAGAUCUAUGGCUGAAGAGACCCUGGACGCAACAAUUAAGGCCCACCGCCUCUCAGCUGACUCCUGCAAGACUGUUGGUCUGAUGCUGGAGGGAGCCAAGGGGUGGACGCCGACCCUUUACAUCCGCCUGGUGCAGGACUACGGCCUGGAGAAAGAGGUCGCUCAACACCUGGUCUCCACGUAUGGGGGAAGGGCAUUCGACGUUGCCAAAAUGGCUCAGGUCACCGGGCAGAGAUGGCCGAUCGUCGGGAAAAGAUUGGUGUCUGAAUUCCCGUACAUCGAGAGCGAGGUGCUAUAUGCGAUUAAGGAGUACGCCUGCACCGCCAUCGAUGUCAUCGCCCGGCGAACUCGCCUGGGCUUCCUGAAUGUGCAGGCGGCUGAUGAGGCGCUCCCACGUAUCGUCCAGAUCAUGGGCAAAGAACUGGACUGGAGUCAGGAGAAGAGGACGGAGGAACUUGAGGCAGCGAGGAAGUUCCUGUACCAUGAGAUGGGCUACAGGUCUCGCUCUGAGCAAAUAACCAAGACGUCUGAGAUUAACCUGGACAACCAUGAAGUAGCCAGGUACAAGAAGCGUUUCCAUAAGUUUGACAAAGAGAGCAAAGGAUUCAUCACCACUGUUGACGUCCAGCGAGUUUUACAGAGCAUCAAUGUGCACAUUGAUGAAAACGCGCUCCAUGAAAUCCUUAAUGAGGUGGACCUCAACAAGAACGGACAAGUCGAAAUUGAUGAAUUCCUGCAGCUGAUGAGCGCCGUGAAGAAGGGACACGUGUCGGACAGCCGCCUGGCCAUUCUGAUGAAAACUGCAGAGGAGACUCUGGAUCAGAGGGAACCGGUGUCGGUGGACCGAAGCGGGGGCGGAGUCUGAGUUGGAUGCCAAAACAAAAAACCAAAAAAAACCCCAACCUUUAAAGGUGGUGAUGACACAAAAAAAAAAGAUGCAAAUGGAGCUAUUUGAAUGACAAUAUUGCAAUCAAGCAUGCAGCCGGAUGAAUUUGGACAAAUCAAGCACUCCUGUGUGUUUUGGGUGAAACGGUAUCUAAUGAUUGAGGCUGAGAUGUGUCUGUUUAUUUCAUCUGUUAUGUCCAAAGUCUUAACAUCUGGUGCCUCAGACCACACACACAACAUUUUAUACUGUCUUUUUACGCAGCACUUUUAAUACUUUGACGUUCUCUUUGUCCAGAACUCCUUGAUUGACGCUGAUUAUUGUGUAAAUACCAUCUUCAGGUGGCUUUGCAUCACGCAACACAAUUUACAGAUAAAUGUGAAGUUUCCUAGAAAAAGAAGAAAGAAAAAAAAAAAGCAAUUUGGUUCCAAGUAUUGAAAAAAAAGCACUUCAUUUACGUUUCUCAAAAGUAAUCACUCUUUUAUUACGUGAAAAAAGGUUUUAGCAGCUGCUUGAGGAAGAUGCUUUCACCUUUUCAGGACGCCCGUUCUAGCUGUUGUUUAGUCACCGUACGUUAGCUGUAUCAGUCUACUCGUAUAUGACUAAAUGGUUGACAGGAUGCAGGCAGCAGAAUUAAAAAGAAAAGAGAACUUGAAUGUGCCACUUCAGCCAGAAGAGGCGAAUAUGCGAGGCUGAAGAUGAAGAAAGCGGGUAUUUGGUAAUUGUAGUGGCAAUUUAAACCAGUUUUGCUACCGAGGCGUUGCCAGAGACGUUUAAUUGGUGAGGUCUUGAUUGUCCGUUUCUAAAGUUAUAGUUCCGCUGGGGCAAAAUGUCCGCAUGAAUCAAAUACAAUCAAACAACAUCCAUUUGUGUAUCCAAUAUAUAUCCAUUAAAUGUAGAGCGGGAAGAAUCGAUAUAUUGUCGUAUCACAGCAUUUUGUAUGCUGAUGUUGUAUCGAUACAGGGAGACCAAACAUCUGUACUUUAUUAGAAAAUUAAACUACAACCAAUAUGUGAUUUUCAUUUAUUUUAACAGUUAAUAUAUUACGAGAAAAACAGACUGAUAGCAAAUUGACUCUGUCUUACAGAAAUAUUUAUAGCAGAUUUUAAUGACAACUGUAUCUUAUUGUUCAAAGCAUACUGAGAUUGACAGAUAUUGAGGACAUAAUUAGUGAUAGUUUGUCACUGCUGUAAUUAAUUUAGUUUUAUUUAUUAGUUUUCAUUUAGUUUUAAAUAGCGCAAAAUCACAAGGACGGUAUCUUAUACAGUAAACACUCUAUAAUCCAUCUAAUAAUCCAGUCACCAAUCAAACGACCCCCUAUGAGUAAGCACUUGGUGACAGUGGAAAGGAAAAAAAAA